CACCAAUCACACUUGGCGUUAAACCUAGGCGAUAAUUAGGGCAAGAUGAGAAGUCUCGUGGAUGGAAAGGACCGUGUGGUGUCAAAUUACACAAGCCCAAAUCGAUGCAAAAUAAGAUUAACAUCUCCAAUGAUGCUAUAACAUCCACCAGAACAACUUACCUGAGCUCUGAGCCUUAUUCACGAGCUUCCCACUCAACUGUGCGGCACACUGGCAAAUUCCACCAGAAAAAAAUUCGGACACGCAGUGCAUUGUGGGGAGGGGAAUGUCGUAGUGUAGGAAACGUCACUAUAAACAACAUGGCGGAACCCGGCGACAAGGAGGGGGCAAGCGCAGACACAUUGCUAGCAGACAUUCAGAAGAAAAUCACAGAAGCUUUUGACAUCUUUGACCACGAGUCCAACAAAACAGUAGAUGUCAGAGAAAUUGGAACCAUCAUCAGAUCAUUGGGGUGCUGUCCCACAGAAGGGGAGCUGCACGACAUGUUAGCAGAGAUUGAGGAGGAGGAGCCAACUGGUUACAUCCGGUUUGACAAGUUCCUGCAGAUGAUGACACACGUGCUGCUGGAGAGGCGGUACAAACCGGUUCCUGAGGAGAUGCUGCUGAAGGCCUUCACUGUGCUGGACCAGGAGAAGAAGGGCUUCCUCUCACAGGAGGAGCUCCAGAAGUACAUGAGUGAAGAGGGUGAACCCUUUACCCAGGAGGAGAUGGAGGAAAUGCUGUCAGCAGCUGUGGAUCCUGACAAGGGAGUCAUUUAUUACAAGGACUUUGCCUCCAUGAUGGCAGUGGAGAAUCCAUGAUGGCACUAACAUAACGGACUGCAGGGCUGUAAUAAGGAAUAAGCCAGUUCAUUGUUUGAACUGCACAUGUGUGAGGUCAAAGGCAAAGCCACUGACCUGUAAACAGUACUUGUCUCGACCAAGCUUGAAACAUAUCCAGGCGUGUUGUUUAAUGCCUCAGGGGCCUUCUGACAUAUUACCCACAGUGCACGUGCAGUUCAUACAUGAAUCAGCUUAUUUUUGGAAACUUGUAUAAUAUUUCUAAAGAUAUUACCACAGAGAAAAAAAUAGAUAAUCUAUUGUACCAAGACAAAUGGAACUGGAAGAAAAGGAUGUAUUUUUCCUUUUUUUUAAAUUUUUCACUCUGAAGUUUGUACAUAGUAUGAUAAUGUGGGAAGAGCUUUGGUUGCCAAGCUUCACAAUUAGUUGAAAUAAAGACUUGGUGGAGUUUUACAA